CACUAAAUCAAGUUUUUGUAUAGCCAGUGCCUUUUUCCUUGUUGUCUUUCAAAAUACUUCUUUUUCCUCUGCCCUUCAGGAGAUUAUAAAAUUCUGAAGUUCAGUCUCUGAGAGCUUUACUGAUUUAUCGUCCUACUUAAGCAAAAUAAGCAGUGAUUCUUGCGUAUCUAAAGAAAACCUCAACAUCUAGACUACUGUGGAGGACGUUUUCACUGAGGCACAUCCCUAACUUGAGAGAUGGGGAGUGAAUUCAAAAGAAUUGUUCUGCUGAAAGGAUUUCAGCACAUCAGUGAUUAUCAGUUUAGCAUGAUUAAGUGUUUACUGGCCAAGGAUUUAAGACUGACUAGGAAAAUGCAAGAAGAAUAUGACAGAAUUAAGAUUGCUGACUUGAUGGAAGUAAAGUUCCGUGGGUCUGACUGUGUUGACAGAUUAAUAGACUUGAUCAAAGAUAUAGAAGAAAUUAAAGACCUUGCUAAAACUCUUCAAAAGGAGAAGUUAAAAGUUAUUAGGAGAAGCAAAGCAAAAGAAGCAACUCCAGUGAAAAAAAGCAAGCUGAAUAAACCCAGUCCUGACCAAUCUACAUCCACCACUAAUAAAGCUUUGGGACCUGAAUCAAUCAAGGAUACACCUGUGAAGGGAAAGAAAACCACAAAAACUAAUGAAUCUAAGGGGAUGAAUCUAAAGAAGGAGAAGAGUCAGCUUCCAGGAUUGUUAGUAACCAGUACACAGUCAACUGAGAGCCUUCCCCAGACUCCUCAGAUGCUUCCACCAAACCCAUCCAGCAGUUCCUCAACCAAGAUACUGAGACCUCAAUGUACUCUAAGUCCUGUGGCUUUUGGCAAGAAAAAAAAUGACAAAAUUAAUGACUUAAAAAGGAAGACCGUAUCUCAGAAACAGAGUCAACUUCCAGGAACUUCAGCAACCAGCAAAUGCCCAACUGGGAGCAGUUGUCCAGUGAAAUCUAUACCUCCACCAACACCAUCCAGCAGUUUCUCAAUCAAGGAAGAAGAAAAUGCAUAUUUUUGGAUUCAAAAAAUAGAAGACACAACCAAUAAAACGCUUGACUCCAAGAAAAAGGAACUAUGCCUGGAGCAGAGUCAGCUUCCACAAUGUGCAAACCGCAGCAUACUCCCAAAUGAGGGCUGCCUUCAGACUCCUCAGAUGCUGCCACCAACCUCAUCCAGCAGUUCCUCAACCAAGAAACCAAGAUUGAAGGCUGCACCUAAAGAAGCUUCCAGAGAGGAGGGCUUCCAGAGGGGGCCCAAAGAAGUGAUGGUGCUGAAAGCAACGGAACCAUUUACAUAUGAUGUCAGAGAAGGCGAGAGGAAGAUGUUUCAUGCCACAGUGGCUACUGAGAGCCAGUUCUUCCAAGUGAAGGUUUAUCAUGUUGACCUGAAGGAGAAGUUCAUCCCAAAGAAAAUCAUUGCCAUAUCAGAUUAUUUUGGCCGCAAUGGGUUCCUGGAGGUGUUCAAUGCCUCAUCUGUGUCUGAUGUUAACCCUGACCGAAAGAUGGAGAUCUCUAAAAGCCUGAUUCAAAAGGCAAAUGCAACUCCUAAAAUCAGUCAUCUUUACUCACAAGCUCUAGGAACAUUUGUGAAUGGGGUGUUUCUGGUGCAUAAGAAAUUGGUAUGUAAUCAAUGCAUAUAUUACGAAAUACUAGAUAAUACAGGAGUGAUGGAAGUCCUGGUUUAUGGAGAACGACUGACCAGAAUCAGCUGUGAGAAAGGCGAUAGACUUAAACUCAUCUGCUUUGAAUUGGCAUUAAGUGGGGAUAAGAGGCAGCUGAGAUCCAUAAUUCACAGUUUCAUCAAGGUCACCAAGCCCAGGAAAAGCAAGGAACAACCAUUCAAUCCUGAAUCAUAUAUGGAAGCCUGAUUAUAGCUGUUCUUCUAAAAACCUGGAUGUCAUUAAUAUUGAUGUUUAUGGAGCUAAGAUCGAAGUACAGAAAAAAAGUAUAUAUGUAUACAUAUGGUUGAAAUACCACAAUAUGUAUCCUAGCCAUUAAUUCUUAGGAAUGGGGUGCUUUGCAUUUUUUUAUACUUUUCUGUACCAUCUCAAUUCCUAAUUUUGCAUCUAUAACUUUUAUAAUUUGGAAAUAAUAAUAAACAUGAUUUUUCCUAAAGACA